AUGCUACAUAUACGAACUACAGGUAGAUGUGCGUUACAAUUCAUUAUUACCAUAGUAAGCGGUACACAGGCUGAUCGGCAAUCAUCUGGACUGGGGACUUUCCUGAUCAAUGCUACCAAGAUCGUUGGUCGUCAUGCUGAUGCGAAAAAACUCAUGUGCACAGUAUUGAAAAUAAAUCGCCGUGCAGUAUCAUUUUAUCGCAACAAAUGUGGAUUUGUAGAUGAUGAAAGCGACCCUAGCUCCGUUGAUUUCGAGAAUAGAGAGAAACAUAUCUAUCACAUCCUAAAACUCGAACUGGACCCACCGUCGACAUCGAACCAUGACGCAAACGAAACCGACCCAGAGACAUCAGAGAGCUGA